AUGGAGGCAUGGGCCCACUACACCCUCAUGAAGCAGCUGCUCUGUGUGCGACACCCCCGGGAGCCCCUUGAUCCCGCUCUGCUACAGGACAUCGAGCAGGUCCUGCUGGACGAGCGCGCCCAGCGCGUCCUCAUCGAUGCCACCUCCCUCCCAGCCCUAACUCCGGCCACCACCCUGCCAGCCACCCUCCAUCUCUGGCAGGGCGACAUCACCACCCUGGAUGGAGUCACGGCCAUCACCAACGCCGCCAACAGCGAGAUGCUCGGCUGUUUCCAGCCCGCCCAUCGCUGCAUCGACAACAUCAUCCACGCUCGUGCGGGUCCCCGCCUGCGCGAGGCGUGCUUUCGUCUGAUGAAGCGCGGAAAGCGUCAGUUACCCGUCGGUCAGGCAUGUACCACCCAAGGCUACUGUCUGCCCGCGUCAUAUAUCAUCCACACCGUGGGCCCCCAGCUCGAUGCCGGACAAUCCGCCCCAACCUCCCAGCAGCGCCACCAGCUGCAGCAAUGCUACGAGGCCAUCCUGGAUGCCGCCGAAACUCUCCCGUUAUCCGACCCGCAAGGCAAGACCAUCGCCCUCUGCGGCAUCUCGACCGGUCUCUUCGCCUUUCCCGUCGAAGACGCGGCCCCCCUGGCCGUGGCCGCCGUCAUCAACUGGCUACAGCGCCACCCCGACACCACCAUCACCAACAUCAUCUUCAACACCUUCCGCGACGCCGAUACCGCCACCUACCAGCAAAUCCUCACCAAGACGUACGCGCCCGUCCCCUCCCUCCCCACCCCACCCCAAGUCCACAGCCCCUCCCUCCACCAAGCCAAAGCCUGGCUCCGCGCCGCCGACACCAUCCUCGUCAGCUGCGGCGCCGGCAUCUCCGCGGCCAUCGGACUCGACUAUACCUCUACCACUCUCUUCACCCAACACUUCCCCGCGUUCAAAAAAUACCGGAUGCGCCGUCUCUACGACUGCUUCGACCGCACCCUCCGCGACUGGCCAUCCGAGAACGUCCGUUGGGGAUUCUACUUCACCCAAAUGGCCAUGGUGCGGAAUUGGCCCCGCUCCCCGCUGUAUACCUCCCUGAUUGAAUACCUGGGGUCGAAUUUCGCCCCGGAUCGGGUGCAUGUUCGAACCUCGAAUGCAGAUGGGCAGUUCCGCGCUCAUGAUCUCCCCGAGGAACAACUCUCCACGCCGCAGGGCCAGUAUGCGUAUCUGCAAUGUUUGGAGGAUUGUCAUCCGGAUGCGGUGGUUCCGUCAGCGCCCUAUCUGGAGGCCGCGCUGCCGUAUCUCGACCCCGUGACGCAGGUGCUGACGGACUCGGAUAAGGUCCCCACGUGUGCGUUCUGCGGGGGGGCGAUGUUUCUGUGUGUUCGCGGCGGGGACUGGUUUAAUGAGCGGCCUUUUGCUGCGGGCGAGGAGCGGUGGCAUGAUUUUCGCGAGACGUUUCUGACGGAUCGUCACCGGAAUGUCGUGAUUCUGGAGCUGGGGGUGGGAUUGUCGACCCCUGGGGUGUUGCGGUGGGAGAAUGAGGAGUUGGUGGAGCAGGGGGAGGGUCGUGUGCGUCUGGUGCGUGCCGGUCUGGGCGAUGCGGCGCAUGUUCCGUGGGAGUUGGAGGCGGAGCAGUUGGCGACUACGGUGGAGGGAGAUUUGCAGGAUAUUGUCCGGGCGAUUGUGGCGCCGUGA